AUGGCCACGCCAUUGGUCCUACUCGUUUUGUCUUUGGCUUUAUGUUGCCCACCAUCAUCUUCAUCCUCUGAUGGUCUAUGGGCAGGCUUAUCUUUGUCGGUGGAUACUGCAGAUGAUGUCUUGACUUCACCUGAUGGCACUUUCAGUGCUGGUUUCCACCCUGUUGGCCAGAAUGCUUAUUCCUUUGCGAUAUGGUUCAAUAAACCAUCCUGUGGUGCUAACAGUUGCACCAUAGUUUGGAUGGCAAAUAGGGACCAACCAGUCAAUGGUAGAGGCUCAAAGUUCUGUCUACUGAAAUCAGGUAAUCUUGUUUUAAAAGAUGCUUCUCAAAUUACUGUUUGGGAAACGAAAACCAUGUCGCAGUCCCGUGCCCAUUUGAAACUUGAAGAUGGUGGUAAUCUUGCAUUGCGUAACUUGGAAGGCCUUAUAUUGUGGCAAAGCUACGAUUCACCCACGGAUACUCUGCUUCCUCUUCAACCAUUCAAUGAAAACUCAAAGCUCAUCUCAUCAAGAAGCCAAGGAAACUUCUCCACGGGCUAUUUUCAGCUUUAUUUUGACACUGAUAAUGUUCUCUGCCUUGUGUACGAAGGUCCUGAGGUUUCAAGCGUUUACUGGCCAAGUCCAUGGCUUUUGAGAUGGGAAGCUGGAAGGUCCGUGUUCAAUAAUAGCAAAAUUGCAAUUCUGGAUUCUUUGGGAAAGUUUAGUUCAACGGAUAAUUUUACUUUCUUGUCAGCUGACUAUGGCUCAAAUAUUUCAAGAAUGUUGAAGAUGGAUUUUGAUGGCAAUAUUCGACUGUAUAGUCUAAAAGAGGAUGUAGAAACUUGGGUUGUUUCAUGGCAAGCCUUCCCUCGACCAUGCAUGGUUCAUGGAUGUUGUGGACCAAACAGCAUAUGCAUUUAUAUUCCUAAUUUUGGCAGGAAAUGUUCUUGCAUUCCAGGGUAUAAGAUGAAGAAUCAUACUGACUGGUCUCUUGGCUGUGAACCAGAAUUUCAUCUUUCUUGUAAUCAAACUGAGGUUGGUUUCCUGAAACUCCGCCAUGUUGAAUUCUAUGGCUAUGAUUUCAGAUUGUAUACUAAUGUCACCUUAGAGGGUUGCGAGAAAAUAUGCUUGCAGUUGUGCGAUUGCAAAGGUUUUCAAUUCAGAUUUAUUAAAACCCAUGAAUCGAAUGGUAUAUACUGUUAUCCCAAGACUCAAUUGUUGAAUGGACAUCGCCCACCAAAUUUUAAUGCUGAUUUCUACGUGAAAGUGCCGAAGGCCACUAUCUCCUUUUACAGUAACAGUGUUCAAGAUUCCGAGUUACAAUGUCCCAACAAAGUUCAGCCGCUGGAACGAAAAUAUUCCCAAAGGCAUGAAAAUGAAUCAUUGAAAUUUGCCCUUUGGGCGGCCUGUGCAGUUGGAGGACUCGAGUUUCUUACCAUUUUCUUGGUAUGGUGUUUCUUGAUUAGAACCCACGACAAUUCAAGCCCAACCACAGGCUACCUUCUCGCUACAACUGGCUUCAGAAAAUUCACCUAUGCUGAGCUGAAAAAGGCGACAAAUAGUUUCUCAGAAGAGAUUGGAAGAGGUGCAGGUGGAAUCGUAUACAAAGCCACACUUUCCGAUGGUCGAGUUGCAGCAAUCAAGCGACUCAUUGAUGCUAACCAAGGGGAAGCUAAAUUCCUAGCAGAAGUUAACACCAUUGGAAAGCUUAAUCACAUGAACUUGAUUGAGAUGUGGGGUUACUGUGCUGAGAGAAAAAAUAGGCUUCUGGUGUAUGAGUACAUGGAACAUGGAUCCUUAGCUGAAAACCUCUCCUUUAAAGCACUUGAUUGGCAAAAGAGAUAUGAAAUUGCUGUGGGAACCGCAAGAGGCCUAGCUUAUUUACAUGAAGAAUGCUUGGAAUGGGUUCUCCAUUGUGAUAUAAAGCCUCAGAACAUUCUCAUAGACUCUAAAUACCAACCAAAAGUGUCAGAUUUUGGCCUGUCUUGGCUUCUAAAUAGAGGCGAUGUCAAGUAUUCAAAAGUCUCAAGGAUCCGAGGAACCAGAGGUUACAUGGCGCCUGAAUGGGUCUUCAAUCUGCCCAUCACCUCAAAAGUUGAUGUCUACAGCUAUGGGAUCGUUCUAUUGGAAUUAGUGACAGGAAAAAGCCCUGGAAUGGGAAUCCAUGUGACAGACGAUGGAAGUACAAAAGAACAAAGAACGUUAGUUGCAUGGAUGAGAGAGCAGAUGGAAAGAGCCAAAGAGACAGAAACAUGGAAGCAUGAGAUAAUAGAUCCCAAGCUGCAAGGGAUAUAUGAUGUGGAUGAGAUGCUAAUUCUGGUUACGGUAGCUCUGCGAUGCGUUCAGGAAGAUAAAGACGCAAGACCGACAAUGGGUGAAGUAGUUCAGAUGCUCCGUCAUGAAAGCCAUUGAACUACGGAGGAAUCAUCUCUUGCUAAACAAAUGAGUCGGUAUCAAAUGAUCUCUCUAAUUAGGUUUACAAAUACAUUAUAUUAUCGCCAAUUAUCAAUUGCCAAUACCGUCCCUGUUUUUUUUUUUUUUUGGGCACGUUACGGUGUAAUAUCAAAUAUUUAAGAUUGAUCUCAUUUAGUAUUUCUUAUAAUUAGGAUCCUUCCUGUUAAGGAAACAAGUUUAGAACUCCGUUUUCUCUAUUGCCAUGGGCACUCUGAAAGAGGGCUUUCAUGCCCCUAGCUAUAUGGCAAUAACA